ACGAGAACUACAGCACCCACAAUGCCUCGCGGUCCCGUGACUGUGUUGUCGCGAGAACUGGCGGCUUGGGGGCGUCUGCGCCAAGAAACCGAAGUGUAGGUGACGGUUCCUAGACAUCGCCGCCAAGCUGGGCACCGGGGAAAUGGCCGAGACGGACCCCAAGACCAUGCAGGACAUCACCUUGGUGGUGGAGACGCUCUUGCAGCAGAUGCAAGACAAGUUUCAGAUCAUGUCCGACCAGAUCAUUGGAAGGAUUGAUGACAUGAGCAGUCGCAUUGAUGAUCUGGAGAAAAACAUCGCCGACCUCAUGACCCAGGCUGGAGUGGAGGAACUGGAUGGUGAGAACAAGAUCGCUACUGCGCAGAAGAGCUGAAGGCUGCUGAUAUUUGCACUGAACCAGAACAUCGUUUUUCCCAAGCCAAGAGAGAACCAAGUGGCUUUCUGCACCUAACUACUAUGUGUUGACAGGUUUAUAAAGCGUGCAUUCUUACCACAGCCUGCAUAGUCCAUAGAAUGUCCCCCUACACCCCCAGUUUCUCCAACUUGGUAUCGUCAUAUCUUGGUCAGUUGUCUUAAUUAAACACUAAAACUGUGGCGGUUUCUGCAUAAAAUUGUCAAACUUUUUAGUGGUUUUUUGAAGUCCUUUCCCUCUGUUCCCUUUGUGGUAGUUACUGUUUGAUAAAGUGACAGAGUACUUUCCAGUUAGGUGACUAGUAACUCCUCCCCCGGCAGAAGCCGUGACAUGAGACUUGUAUGUUUAGGGUUCUUUCAUUUUCAGCACAAAGUGACUGUUGAGCCGACACUAGAGUGUCAGAAAUACUUUUCCAAAUGGCCGAGAACAUUUAGCAAUUGUUUGUGCCGAAGUGUCUGUCAGAGUUUUGCAUGAGAUUCUAGUAGCUUUGGUAGGGCCUACAGUGCUCAUCUGACAGGGUGUCAGAACCCAGUGACCCUGUCCUCCUUUUGAGCUCCUGACUGAAAGGGAAGAGACCAAAAGACCCGAGUAAGUUCACUGCCGGUCACAUGACUGCAAAAUGCCCAGUGGCUGGUGGGAGGCUCUGGUUUUUAAGAAAUACUAUUUUACUUGAACUAUUUCUUGCCUAAAGUCUUGCACAGUGAAUUCUAUUAUUAAUUAAAGAAGACAGAUAAUAAACUCUUUACAUUUGGAAUUCCAGUGUCUGGAGGCUUAGCCUCCAGGCCACUUUUGAUGACCUGGAAGACUAUCCAUGUCACUGUCCCCACAAAGUGAUUUCAUACAAUAAAAAACGUGAAUAAUUGGAAAAGUUGAA